UAAAUUAAUAUACAAUGAACAGUAGUUAACGGUAUCAGUUACUUGAUAUACUGGACUAGACAUGAUUGUGUAUUACAUGUAUAUCUCAUAUUAGCUAAAGAAUAUUGAUCGGUUGUGACUUUUUCAAGUCAAGUUUAUUCCAUAUCAAGGCUUAAUACAAGCAUGUGAUAAGAAUAAUGUAAACACAAAUUGAAAAACGGUAUCAAGGCUUGUGUGACAAAACGAAGCAAAACGAAACAGCAUUUCAAUUUUAAUUUCUUACCAGGAAGUAAAAUAAACAAAUUGGAUAAAAUGGCGACUGGAGGAAAUGGAUCAGACGAAUUUAUAAACUUUAAAUGUUGUAUAUGCGCUAAUAAAAAUAUAACUACAGAGGCAGAGAACUACUGUGUAGAAUGUCAGGAUUAUUACUGUGUAUCAUGCACGGAUUUACACAAAUUGUUCCCCUCUGCAAUUGGUGUUCACCAAUUCAUUGACAAAACGAAUUUCAGUACUUCUGGUGCACAGACUGUCCUUCCAAGUUUCCCAGUAGAAAGAUGUAUAGUCCAUAAGAGUAAGCUGCUGGACAUGUAUUAUGCUGACCAUGAUGAAAUUGUGUGUGCGACUUGCGUAGCUUUAAAUCACAGAACAUGCCAAAACUUGCAUUCGGUCCCGGAUGAAUUAGACAAUUUCUUUGAGAAGUCAGCUGCUGAUGAAACAAAGUUAAAACUACUCGCAGAAAAGGAUAAAAUGGAAGUCAUAAAGAACACAAAAGAACUUCUUGUCACCGAACUGGAUAAAUACAAAGAGAAAGCAGUAGAGUCAAUAAAGCGCUUCAGAAAAGAAAUGGGAGCUGUCUUGGACACACUUGAAAGUGAGUCAAUUAGAAACUUGGAGGAAGAACACAUGAAAAUAAGAGAAAGUUUAGAAGACGAGAUCAAAGUAGCAAAGAACUACAUUGCUGAACUUCAACUAUCGGGGGAUAAAAUAAGCAAAUCCUUUGGAAAUAAAGCACAAGAGUUUGUCUGUGUUAAAGUUGCAAAGAGAACUAUUUUUGAAACACUAGACUCAGAAAAAAUUCUGACAAAAACAGUGAAUGUAAAUAUCGAAUUUACUGCCAAUCCUAAAAUCAAAUAUUUUCUCAAUGAAUUGAAGACAUUUGGAAUUGUUCCUGACCCUGCAAUAAACAAGCCGAAAACUACAUUGUAUGAGGUUGACUGCAAGAGACAGAUAAAUAUCAGACAAGCAAAUGAUAAGGCUACAUGUAAUAUUUAUGGAUCAUGCUUCACAGCGGAUGGAUUGUUACUACUGGCUGACUACAGUAACAAAAAGCUGAAAUGUGUAGAUCUUUGCUCAAAAAAGGUCAAGGAUUAUCUCGAUCUGGAAGCUUCACCUGCAGAUGUCUGUCAGACAGGUAAAGAUAAAAUUGCAGUAAGCCUUCUCAACAGCUCUAUUCAAUUCGUAUCCCUCGAAAACAAGAUGACGACCGCGAAACUGUUGAAGCUUGAUUAUUACUGCUGGGGUCUGGCCUACAAGGAUGGCAAGCUGUUUGUCACUGAUUGCGGUAAGUCCCUCUAUAUUCAUGAUAUGAAUGGCUCUAUGCUACACAAAAUCACAACCGACCAGCAAGGAAAGGCAUUUUUUCAAUCAAACCGACAUAUCAGUCUCAGCAGUGAUGGAGAUAUGAUAUAUAUAGCUGAUUAUAACAAAGGUGUGAUAACCCUUAAUUUGCAGGAGAAUUAUGAAUCAACGUGUACUGAUACUGAUUUAUUUCAUAUAUGGGGAGUUUGUACCGAUGGUAGAGGUAAUAUAUUCACAUGCGGUUUUGGAAUGUCCAAUGUUGUUCAGGUAAAUGAAAAGUCGAGAUACAAGACAGGAGUGCUUGGGAAUGUGAAGAAUAGUACUUCAGCUUGCUUUGAUCCGCAACAGAACAAAUUGGUUGUUACUCCGAGCGAUAUCGAUAUUGUAGAAGUGUACGAGUUAGUAUAAGUGACUAGCUAAAGCUAGAGUAAGUAAAAAUUGAAAAACCUUAAAUUACUCAAACCGAUGUCACUUACCAAUUAAAAUUCAGUCAUGAUAUUAAUCAAAAGAUGUAUCAAAGACAUUUCUUUCAAAUAUUUAAGUUUAUUACGUACUAGUCAUUGCAUGAAAUGUUUCCAAAAUGACUAAAUGACACACGGAGAGUACGUGGCAUAGUUUACAGGCGAAAUACAAGUAUGCAGAAACUGUACAAAUUAGAAGUUAGCAGUAACAGUAGUCACAGCAGUUCACUGGUACACCAGCAAGCAGUAUCAAUUUGUCAGAAAAAAAACGCCAGUUAUAAGACUUCAUUUUCAUUUAUAUUUAACAAACAUCCACAAACUCAUCUUUAAGGUGAAAUAAGCUCUGCAUUAUCUUUCCCAUAUGAAUGACUUGGAAAUAGAUUAUUCUCACAUGUUUUUACAACUUUGUUUAAAACCAGAUUUUAAAUCAUUCAAAAUAAUCAGUGAUAAUGCAGCGUACACUGACAUUUUGAUAAAGCUAAGGCUGUAACUCUGGAUAUAUUGGUUGAUAUUGUGACUUUGUGAAAUAAUGAAAUAUAAUGUUUUGUAAUAAAAUGAAUCUGCAUUAUGAAUGCUUUGUUAAGCAUGUUAAACUCAACUUGAUUAUGCUAUCCCUUGUAUUAAGAAAGACAUAGGUGUACUCGAAAGAACUUUUUUCGUAUGUUUAUUCAAUUUAAAGGAAUGAACUCAUUGUUUGUUAGUAAACCUUUUGGCUGUUGUGUAAAUAAUUGUUUUCCCUACAAGAUUACAAGAAGAAAUACAUGUGUGUACAAUUAUAUAAUAAUUAUAUCAAACAACAGAUAAAGGUUUACCUACCAUUGUAAUGACUUUGGGGUGAGGAAUUAUGAAGGCAUGCAUAAAUAUCUAUCAUAAUGGACAUGCAUCAUUAAUUGUUUAGAUUUUUGUUACAUUUAGGAAUUGAA